GGGACUUGGGGGGGACGGACAGGAAUGUCACUGUUCACUAAUGCCCUUAGCAGCCAGUAGGCCUGGGAUGCCAGGCACCUCAGGUAACUGUCCAGCAUGAUGAACUGAAGUGCAGUGGCUCUGGCCUCCUAGCUGUCUGUGAUGGCCCUGAGGGGACUGUGGCUAAUCAGCUGCGAACAAGGGGCCUGUGGAGCUGUGCUGUUCUCCAGGCGUUACCCCACGGUUGAAAAACGAGCAAAAGCCUUCAAUGGAGCAAGCUAUGUGACCGUACCAGAGGACAGUGUUUUUCUUAAAGCAUUACUUUUUGAACUUAAGCUGACAGAUCCAGACAAGAACUUUGUGGAAUAUCGAGAUAGCUGUUCUCGAAUCAACAAGACUUCAGUGUAUGCGCUUCCAACAGGAGGAGGGGACCUUUGGCCUGUCCUUGCCUUUCAGAAGAGUGGUUUGAUAUAUGUUUGUCUUCCCCUAGUUGAGCAAUCCUUGAAGCCACGCCCACCCCUUAUUAGCAUUAGUGGAAUCUCACAAGCCUUCGCUGUCUUAUCAGGAUUGCUGGUCUUCAUUAACUCCAGUCAGAAGAAUGAAGCUGAGAUGAGUGCAAAAGUGGGCCAACUUCCAAGUUUGCUCAUGCAGGCCUGUCCACUUGGCACCCCAUUAGAUACAAACUUGAAUGGCUUAUUAGAUAACAUUCAUGUUUCUACAAACCACACACAGAAACAACCAGUUUGGAGAAUUAGCACAUACAAAGGCAAACCUCAGGUUAAUGUUUGUAUCACUGAAAAAGUCAAGUCCAUGCAAUAUGACAAAAGGGAUGUUGCAGAUAUGUGGCAAGUUUAUGGAACUGUGACUUGUAAGUGUGAUUUGGAAGGAGCUACAUCAAAUGUGACUGUCAGCUUGAACCUCCCUGCCAAUGGCUCUCCACUCCAGGAUAUCCUGGUGCAUCCCUGUGUGACUUCCCUUGACUCUGCAAUUCUUACUUCCUGUAGCGUUGAUGUCAUGGAUGAUUCUGCAUUUAGUGGGCCAUACAAACUUCCUUUCACUCCUCCUUCUGACUUAUUCAAUUUGUGCUACUAUACUUCCCAGGUGCCUGUACCACCAAUUUUGGGAUUUUACCAGCUGAAGGAAGAAGAAUUGCAAUUAAAAUUAACAGUUAAUUUAAAACUUCAUGAAAGUGUAAAAAAUGCUUUUGAGUAUUGUGAAGCUCGUAUACCUUUCUUUAACAGGGGUCCAGUCACUCAUUUGGAGUACAAAGUUAGUUAUGGUCAGCUAGAUGUAUCUCGAGAGAAAAGCUUAUUGGUUUGGGUGAUAGGACAAAAGUUUCCCAAAUCAUUAGAAAUUUCUCUGACUGGAACUGUGACUUUUGGUUCUAUGAGCAAAGAACAACCAGUUGAUCCAAUUUGCAGUGGGAGUACUGCAUAUGUAAAACUUUAUUUUAGGAUCCCAGACUACACACUUACUGGAUGUUAUGCAGACCAGCAUUCUGUUCAGGUCUUUUCAUCAGGAAAACCAAAAAUAAGUACAUCCCGGGAAUUGAUUUCCUCCGAUUAUUACAUCUGGAAUUCCAAAGCCCCAGCACCUGUAGUGUACAGAACAUUAUUUUUCUAAUUUCCCUGUGAAGAAUUUUUGUAUUUGAACAAAAAAAGACCGCUAUCAAAAGUGAUGUUAAUAUAUUGCAAAGGGGGAGGUGGGAAAGCAGUAUUUUUAAUGAAUAUAUUUGUAUUUAAGUUCCUGUUUUGGGGGGAAACAUUUCAAUUAAAUUAAAUUUAUCUUG